UCCUUUGGUUUAUGAGAGCUUUCAUACUUUUUUAAGCAAAAAUAUAAACCUAGCCAAGUGAGGAAUCACACUUUUAAUGGAUAUGUCUGAUAAACUAAUUGGACCUGCUUUACCGCCGACGCUCCGGAAGAGGAGCGAGGAUGACUCCGACGACGAAGAGGGAUUCGCUGGUCCUGCUCUGCCUCCCGGUUACAAACGUGACGAACCGUCCAGUUCCUCGGAUGACAGCGAGCAGGAGGGGGUGGCGGCAAAAAGAGCCAGGAUAAGGACAGAACACACAGCUGGAGACAGAGAUGCACGGGGGAACACUGAUGAUGACGAUGAUGAUGAUGAUGAUGAAGAUGAAGAUGACGGCUUCUUUGGACCAGCUCUGCCACCAGGAUUUAAGAAGCAGCAGAGUUCCCCAGAGAGACCGCCUGUGCUCGGACCAGCUUUACCUCCAGGAUUUCGCAAAGCAGCCUAUGAAGAAGAUGAUGAUGACAAUGGUGAAGAUGAAGAAGGUGUCCCAGGCCCUGCGUUACCCCCGGGCUACCAGGCAGAGCCCUCCAGCAGUGAGGAAGAGGAUGAAGAUAUGAUCGGUCCCGUGCCAGCCAAAGGCCCUGUACAAGACUCUGUGGCUCUUGAUUUUGAGCGCAGGGCACGAAAGAUGAAAGACAGGUUGACAAAAGAAGAUGAGCCUGAGGUGGUGACCAGAGAAUCGUGGAUGACAGAGCUUCCACCAGAACUGCAGCACAUUGGCUUGGGGGCUCGAACUUUCAAGAAAAGGUCGGGUCCAGAGAAGGGUGAUCGAUCUAUCUGGACGGAUACACCAGCAGAUAGAGAGCGCAAAGCCCAGGAACGCCUUGAGAAAAAGAGGAAAGGAGAGGCUGAGAAAGAUAGCAACCCUCAGUUUUCCCCAAAAGACUUGGACAUGGCAGAGAAAGUGUCAAAGUAUAACGAUUCAAAGCGGGCUGAGUCUUUGAUGAGUUUGCAUACAAAGAAGAUGAAGGAGAAAGCAAAGGAAAAGGCUGACAAACCAGUGGAGAGGAGGCCAUUCGAUCGUGAUGAGGACCUGCAAGUGAAUCGCUUUGAUGAAGCACAGAAACAACGACUUCUAAAGAAAUCUCAGGAACUAAACACCCGAUUCUCCCACAGCAAGGACAAAAUGUUCUUGUAGCCCAUUGUGACAAUGUAAAAAGUGCUGUUGAUCAUGCGGACUUGUUCCUGAAAGCCUCAGUAUUUUUUUUUUUUCACUCAGUAUUUGUAUGAUAUGGACUGUGUUUAUACAGUAUAAACUGAACUGGACUGUGAUGUAAUAAAGACAUGGGAAAAUUUAUCCAUUUAAAGACAUUUUGUGCCAGUGUUUCAAACUGAUUUAAGUUGUUAUAAAGCAGCUUGCAUGUAUGUUUUUUUUAAAACACUGUAUCAGACCUGAUAUUUUGUUUUUUAAAUAUCAAACAAUGUGUCAAUCUCUCCAGUAAAUUUAGCUGACUUGAUAUUUACCCCUGUGAUGGACUGGUGACCAUACUGCCUUGCCUGUAGUUAGCUGUUAUUGACUAUAGCACGCUGUGAACCAGCUCAGGAUUAACUGGUCUAGAAGAUGGAUGGAUGACAUUCAUCUCUUAAGGCUACAUUCUCAUUAGAUGUUACAUUUCAUUGUUGUGCUCAGUUAUUUCAGCGGAAUAGCAUGAAACCAUAAUUUUGUCCUUUUCGUGUUUUUUCUGUCAGUCUCACAUCAAAUUACAUUAAAAAGAUCAAAUUUUGUGUGUGCAAGGUUGAACUGAACUGAUAUGAUACCAGAUUAGCUAAGUGUCAAAGUUUAACCUAUGUUUAACCUUUUGAGUACAUGACAAACUACAAGACCUUGGUUUUACUCCGUUCAGUGUCUUCAUACCUUGUUAGAAUAUAGUCUGUACUUCUGUGAUUGAUCUACUCAAUUGUGUUUUCUCCUUUUUAUACAGACUGCAGUAAUAUCUAUCACACUGUGCUGAUUUCUUGUGGUUUUUUGUCAGGGGUAUUUUUCAACCAUUUAUGUUAUAAAAUCUAAUCGAUUUGAGCCACAAGGCAAGUUUAUUGAAAAAAGUGGCUUUCUUAAUUAUGUAAAUAUCUUAAUUUGAUCAUAACAAAACUUCGCAUUACAUUUGGAUGCAAAUUAUAUUUUCUACAUCAUGAUUACACUACUUAAUUUUUUCAGGCUGGUAUGUCAGUGAAUAACAACAUUGCCUCAUUAAUUUUUGUGAUAUGUUGCAAAAAGGAAUUUUGAAGUACGAAUAAA